AUGUGUCCAUUGCGCUACAUUCUGCUGCUGCUGUCGCUACUUGUCGCGAUGAUUGGUCUAUCCCAGGCCUUGACUGAUCAGGAGGUCUCUGCUGCACUCACAGAUGACGGCAUGGACAAGAAACGCGGCAAUAAGAGCAAGAAGCAGACGCAGCGGUCAUCGUUCCGCACGCUCAUGGACAUGCUGAAUGGAAAGUACCUCUACGACGCCUACAAGCUCAGUCGCGGCACUGCCACGAAGGCGACCUAA